GCAAGUAGCAAAAAGCAAGAACAAAUUGUUUGAAGUAGCCUUUGAAAUAAUCAGACGACAUUUACGACUACUCAAACAGUUCACAAAAGUAUCCGAAAUCGAGCUCAUCAUGAAGUUGAAUUUCAAACUAAACCUGAUGAUAUUCUGCAGCUGGUGGGUGAUCAUCAGCAACUGUUUGGCAGUAUGCGAAAUUGGCGCUUAUUGCCUUAGGGAGAUGCCGAGGGCAGUGGAGGCGAGCAGCGGCAGUAGAACACGCCACAUGUGGCAGCCGCGGCAUCCCACCAGCUUGGUGGCUCCUGCUGAUGCUGCUGCUGCUGAGACUGGCAGCUGCAAUCGACCAACAACUUUGCGGCCGGCAACUGACAGCAAUGUGGCAGCGUCCCAGCAGCUCAAUGGCAUUGGCAAUGCAACAAUCCAAGCAGCGGCAGCAGCGGCGAUGACGACGGCAGCAUCUCCUGCGGUGACCCUGGCCAAUUAUGUCUAUCAAUGUGCCGCCAAGCGUGCGUCGAGUUCAUCUAAUUCUUGUGCCAGUAACAGCAAUGACAACAUAUCUCAACUGGAGCAACAGUUGACUGUCUUCCAGUCACAUCUCUCUGGUUUCCAAGAAUUUUUUGGUGUGGAUUCUAUGGUGAAAAUAAAUUGGCACAAAGCAAAUAGAAGCAAAAACCCCACAAGCUGAAAACUAGAACUGUCUAUGCAACUUUUGCUAUUUUCAUGAAGAGAACUGAGAAGAAAAGCAUGUUUGUAAAUAAUAAACAUCUUCAGGCCAAAAUUGGACAUUGUU